AUAAGUAAAUACAAUUAAAUAUCUAAAUUAAGCAAUAUUAGAAGAUAAUAAGCGUCUGAAGAAAUGAGUUAUAAAGACAACUGUCGUACCUGUUUAGCCAGCGGCAAGGAAAUGCGGUAUAUCCAUACAACAAUUACCAUUGGUGGUGAAGACGUAAGGAUGUCUGAUAUUUUAGCGAAUUUUUACAACUACAAGGUGUCUACCGAUGAAGAAUAUCCAGAAAAUAUCUGCAUGAACUGUAUUUAUCAUCUUACCAUGACAUAUUCCUUUAAAAACCUAAUAGAAUCGAGUGCUAAAACAUUAUCAGAAAAUUCAAACAUUGUUGAGAUUGAUGACAUUGACUACAGUUACGGAUCUGAAGAAGAAGGAAAAACUUAUCAAAUGAGAAGAUAUGAAAGACGAAGACAUCAAGCUAUAGAAAACACAGAAAGUGAAAUUAAACUAAUGUUUUGUGUUGAAUGUAAAGCAGAAUUUCAUUCUACAAAAGAAUUAAGUGCACACUGUACUAAUAAUCAUCCUCUUAAAUCCUCUACGGGCCGUGAUUGUGAUUAUUGCCAUGAGAAAUUUGAAGAUUUUCGUUCCCUUGUUUUACAUCGAAAACUUCAUUUAAAACCAUAUCUUUGUGAAAACUGCUGGGAAGGGUUUUACUCUGAAAAUGAAUUAAACGCCCAUUCUUGUCAACCCAUUGGACAUCAUAAAGAAAAAAACAGUUCCGACAGAAUGCUACGGCAGUGUGAUCAGUGUGGAAAAUCAUAUCCACCUGGAUAUAUCAAAAUCCAUAUGUUGACACACAGCAAUGAUCGUCCAUACAGUUGUAAAUUCUGUCCAAAGAAAUUCAAAGUACCCGGAGGCCUGCAUUCACAUGUUUUAUGGAAUCAUAAGAGAACUAGAAAUCACAAAUGUGAAGUGUGCAAUGCAACUUUCAUUUCUUCUAGUUCACGUAGUUCCCAUAUACGUAAAAAUCACCUAAAAGAAAAAAAAUAUGGAUGUGAAAGUUGUGGAAAGAGAUUUUUUUCUAAAUCUGAGUUACAAAGGCAUUCUCUAACCCAUACAGGAGUCAAGAACUUUCAUUGCCAUCUGUGUGACAAGUCAUACCAAACACGCUAUGGGUUGAAUGUACAUUUGAAGUCUCACUCUCAAAUGUCUAUGAAUGUGUUAAAUUUGUAAAUUGUGAUAAAGA